CCAAUCAGCAAUGGCCGCACCCCCAUUCCUCCCGAAGGUAUAAGAGGGCGGGAUGUGGCCGCAUUGCAGAAUUCUCUGUGGAAGUGUUUGUGAGACUGUGGUUAUGUCUGGGAGAGGAAAGGGCAGUGGCGGGAAAGCCCGGUCGAAGGCGAAGUCCCGGUCGUCCCGGGCUGGGCUGCAGUUCCCGGUGGGCCGUGUUCACAGGCUCCUGAGAAAGGGUAACUAUGCUGAGCGUGUGGGUGCCGGAGCGCCGGUCUAUCUGGCUGCGGUGCUCGAGUACCUGACGGCUGAAAUCCUCGAGCUGGCCGGUAACGCGGCCCGGGACAACAAGAAGACCCGCAUCAUCCCCAGGCACCUCCAGCUGGCAGUGCGCAACGACGAGGAGCUCAACAAGCUGCUGGGAGGGGUGACCAUCGCUCAGGGCGGGGUGCUGCCUAAUAUUCAGGCCGUGCUGCUGCCCAAGAAAACCGCCGCUGGGGGCGCUACUAAAAAGUGA